AUGAAGUAUCUCAGCAUCCUUGCCCCGGCCCUGGGCCUCCUGGCCACCACUUCUGCCAUGCCCCUCGAGGAGCGUGACGACGUCCAGACCGUCCACCUCACCUUCCACGGUGGCCCGGCCGAGUACUCUCUCGCCAUCCCCGCCGACGGCACCAUCCACCCAACCAACAACAACAUCGCCGUCAACAUCAUCGACGCACCCGACUACAACGCCUACUACCAGUGCCAGUUCCAUAUCAACGGCGACGCCACCCUCGCCAGCAGCAUCUCGUCCACGGGCGUCAACCAGAUCCUCGUCGGGCCCCCCUCGCCCAUCACGGGCGUCAGCUGCCAGGGCAUGUGCGUGCCCACCUACGGCGACUGCUACCGUAACGGCCAGUAUGUGGGUCCUUGCUGUGCGGGAUACUGCGCGGCGAACAAGUGCAGGCCGUGGGUUAGCCCUUAUUGA